AUGCUCGGCAAGCGCUUGGUGUUCAAAAUCGUAAAGGAUGCACUUAGCCGCAAGUCGUUGAGACCAUUCAAGCAGGUGCAGGAAUCAUUCGAUCAUCAUUUGCAACUAUCCCUGGACCUCGUUGAUCAACGCCGCAUCGUUUGCAGGCGUUUGAAUGCAAAAGAAAAUGUGCCUAAUCAAAUUUCGUCGAGUGCCUACGCCCCGAAGCAUGCCCAAGGCGAAAGGAAGGACCAUACAGGUGCUGAUGAUUCGGACGUUAUCGGUAUUGACGCAUUGAAACCCUUUGAAAUCGUUUUGGGCUUUCAGAUAUUGGCUAUGAAAUGUGCGGCUGGGGUAUCGGAAUUGGUAAACACUGAAAAUCGUACGAAAUUCCGGUGCCGGUUACAUGCCUUGCUGAGCCUUGCGUGUCACCACAUCGAAGGCUUCAGUUUCGUCAGGUUGUCACUGAUACUAAAUGCACUAGCAAAUAUUGUCAGAUGCUGCAGUGAUGAUGUGAGCCACUUGUCUACGAAUGCUGGAGGUGGUGAAUUGGGUAAGAGUUAUUUUGGCCCUGUUCCUACAGACAGGGUAGACGGUGCAUUUGGGAGCAAAAGUUUUGAGACCGCCGAAUACAAUGAUCUGGAACAGGCAUUCAAACGUUUUCAUGCACUAUUAGAAACCAGAUUAAUGUAUCACCUCUGCUUGUACGAGAGGUUCGGGGCCUCAAGAACACAUGAGGAUCCGGAUGUGGGACACAUUGACGCCCACAGUGUCUGUCUGCUUCUCAAGUAUUAUUUGGCGGUUGGAGAGUUUAAUCAAACUCUGUUCUAUCUCUUACUGCGGUUCGUACGACAACACCGUCAAUUUGAGCUGAGAGAUGUCAUGAAUAUGGUGGUUUCCCUGAGCAUGAUGGAUGGUGCGUCGGACUUAUACUCACCACUUGACUUAACGCAGACGCAUGCUUCUGUUUGCAUGUUUAUUGAUCAGAAUAUCCCUCUUAUAUCUGGAAUAGAACAGGCAGGAGAUCAUUCGUCACUGCCCGAACUUUGGGAUACCGAAUCCACCAAAAAUAGAAGUUUAGUGGAGCUAUUUUUGAUGGCUUUGGCUGAAAAGGAACCAAUUGGAGACGCUGAUCUGCAUUUAUGUCAAUUGUACAUAAGGGCUCUUAUGGUUUUCAGAGAUCGAGGGGUGCCCGAAGAACUACUCACGGCACUAGCUUCGGACGCCUUGAAAAACUCGAUCCCAAUGUUUUCAUCCAGCGAUAUUUUAAAGGGAAAGGGUUUCGACAAGUUCGUUUAUUACUUACAAAGCGUUAAGCUUUGUGUUCGUGACAGCAAUAUUUUGGAACCGAACGCUCUACAAAGCUUCUUUCUGGACAAGCAAGUUCAAAGGAGUACGUUGAGUUCGUUGUUUCGGAUGGCUAAGGAUCCUAGUGACACAAACGUAAAGUCCCUGGUUAUAUUUUGUGAUAUCAUUAAAUUUGUAGCUGCCGUAAAAAAUAUCGCGGAAGAUCAUGCAGUGCUUUUAAUGCACCUUCGUUCCACUCUGACCAAGGUUUUGCCGAUGAUUUUUCUCGGCAACAUUAAUCGCUUUAAGAUUGGUGAUGCCGUCUCUAUGUAUGAGUACCUUCAUGAAGAUCAGCGCGCAAGGAUGGAAGUUCAGAGGAUGUUAUUCGAUUUAUAUGCCAAUAUGAAUUCUGGAGCCGACAUGCCUGAUGUGCUAGAAAUGUAUACCGAGACGACCAACCUGAUGACUUCAUUCCACAAAAAUAACUACAAACUUGAUAAUUCAGUACACAAUCAAAUAUCCAAUUGGAUAAUGGGAACUUAUGAAAUGGCUUGUGUAAAGGAUAUAUCGCUGUUUCUCAGGUUUCUACAAUCUCACGCUCGGGUAUGCAAAAACGAACCUGAGAUUUACAUGAUAUACGAUUUCAAUAUCCUUAUGAAUUUCGUGUUCGAGCAUGACGCAUGGAAAGAGCACGUCAAUCUGUUGGUUGAUAUAAUUUAUAAUUUGCUGCCCCAUUGGACGCAUGGGCUUACUGAUGAAUUAAUGAAGUCAAAUGUAGCGAAGCUUUUUGAGCAUUAUCACUUGUCAACGAUUGUACCUACUGUAAUGCAUGGUUGCGGAGGCAAAUCUAAUGGUGCGGGUUCGAACCGUGACGCUGUGCCUCCGUUGGAUAUUUCUACUUUCGCCAAAUAUACGCACUUGGUGUGGUCACUAAGGAACACCGCAAUUAUUUUUAAUGAACUGUGGAAUCGGCAUUGUACGGUGGUUGUAGACGAGAUUUAUAAGUUUAGUAACAUAGACAAGUCAUCCCCAGGUGAAGAUGGCCCGUGGCACCCCAAAAAGAAUACCAAGGUUAAAAAAUGUGAGAUGUGGCAACCAUUCAGCGUGAAACUGAUGCUGCAAAUAUUACUAGAGCUGCAUAGUGAGCAUUCGAAAGCCUCCGGCCCCGUUCAGCUUGCGCUGUCUAAAGAGCAGCGAGCGAUGUCGUUUCUGUUUCGGGAGCUGUUGACCGGCCUCGAUAUUUUUGAUGACCAUGCCGCUUCAAUGAGUCAUCUGCUUACAUUAGUCCUCGAAAAAGAGGAACACAUGGUCAACUGCCCGCACUUCACGGAUUUAGUCUCCAAACUGAAUUCCGUAGUCACCGCAUGUUCAUAA